AUGAAUCGCUCAACAGGAAACGAUAUUUUUGCGUUAUUACAUUACACUAUAGAUCUGCGUAACAUACUCAAUGGGUCAGCAAGGCUUUCUACUCAUUCAAAUCACACGUACCCGGCUUCAGGCCAGAUCUAUGAUGAUCAGAACCAGGAUCUUAUUGGAUGUUUGUUUGAAGAAGAAGGAAACAAACGUUGCUUCAAUUUUCAGCAGCAUUUAUCUGACUAG